CAUUAAUCUUCAAGAAAUUAGAGUUCUCAAUCAGAAGAUAUACCAAACCAAAAUGGGAAGAUCACCGUGUUGCGAUCAAGACAAAGGCGUGAAGAAAGGACCGUGGAUGCCCGAAGAAGAUUACAAGCUCGUGGCUUAUAUAGAUAAAAACGGUUAUGGGAAGUGGCGGUCACUUCCUAACCUCGCUGGACUAAACCGCUGCGGAAAGAGCUGCCGGCUCCGGUGGAUGAAUUAUCUCCGGCCUGAUAUCCGGAGAGGCGAGUUUACCGAUGAAGAAGAGAGUACUGUCGUUAAACUCCAUGCCCUUCUUGGCAACAAAUGGUCGAAGAUUGCGAGUCAUCUUCCAGGAAGGACCGAUAACGAAAUAAAAAACUAUUGGAAUACUCAUAUGAAGAAAAAAAUGUUGCAAAUGGGGAUUGAUCCAAUCACCCACGAGCCAAAAACCAACGAUCUUAGCCCUAUCCUCGACGUUUCUCAAAUGCUUGCCGCUGCUAUUGGCAACAGCCAGUUUGGUAACAAUACUCUCUUCAACAACAACAUUGCUGUGGAAGAUCUUCUCAAACUCCAGUUGAUUCAUAAAAUGCUUCAAAUCAUAGCCCCUAAAGCCAUACCAAACAUCAAUAGCUUCAAUACUAACUCAUUUAAUACUAAACGGGAGCCGGUAGUCAAUAACAUCAAAACCAAUCCAGUGAAUCCUAAACCGAAGCUGGCGGCGGCUGGACAAUUGAAUGCUAUUGAACGACAUGUUUUCACAAACCAAACUGAAGAUGAAGAUUUCAUGCCAUCUUUUGAGGAUGUUUGGGAUUGUUUUGAAGAUAAUCAGCUUCCUGGUUUGGUUACGGUUUCUCAGGUAAAUUAUCAAACCGGAGACGGUAUGAUGCCAGAAUAUUAUGGUGAUCAAUUACGUGAAAUCCCAUCUACUGGUUCGAUAUCGGUUACUCCUGAGACAUCCGGAUUGAAUUAUCCCAGUAAGACUCAACACUCAUCCGGUUCAGAUAUCCUAGAGGACUGGGAGAAGUUUCUUGAUGAUGAAACAAACGACUCUUGCUGGAAAAGUUUCUUAGAUUUAACGUCGCCCACGUCGUCACCCGGCCCGUGGUAGACAGGAUUUUGUUCAAAGUCGUAUACUCAUCAUAGUUUUAAAGAUUCAUACACAGAAAGUCAGAAACGUUCGAAAAUAUUCUUAAUUCUUUUUUUUUGUAAACUCCAUCUUCUUCGUCAAAAAUAUUCUUAAUUCUUUUGUAACAGAAUUAUUUAUUUAUAUGCUUGUAUUCUUUGGUGACAAAAAAAAAUGCUUGUAUUCAUCUUCUUGUAAAGGAUUGUUUGAAUUGUAUUUCUUCUAUUUGGUUUGUUUGUUGUGUAAAAGAAACACAUUGUAAUCACAUUUCGGGGUAAUAUUUUUAUAAAAUAUACGAUUGUUUUAUUA